UCGUCUCCGUGCCCCGGUCACCAAACUGGACCAGAGAGAAAAAGCGCUUCCCCCGAUCGCAACCGGUCAACGACCGCAGAAGAGAAGGAGCGGAGAAAAGCCACCGCCGGUCACCGGGCUCCUCACCACCGGCUUUUCCCGGUCACCCCGCGCGGAACAAUCCGUGCGUUUUUUUGCAUCAAACUCCUCCAAAAACGAAGUAAUUGCGACAAAAGAGAAAAAGGGGCCAAAAAGAUGAUCGCUUGCCCUGGAAGUUAGGGUUGAAGGGGGAGAGAGAGAGAGAGAGAGAGAGAGAUAGAGAGAGGGAGAGGGAGAGCUUGGGAUCGGGCGGGGGAUCGGAGAAGAUGAUAACGCGUUCGAAUCUCGCGGAGCAGCUGCGGGAGUACCAGAUCCGAUCGAAGCACGAGUGGGCGACGUUGUCGUACUUCGCCUCCACCGCGAGUUCCUCUUCCCGGGUGGAUGUGGUACUUGUGUUAUGGGAGCUGCUGAUGUUUGCGUUCUUUGUUUUCUCAGGAGUUGCUUUGUAUUUCAGGUAUAUGAGGGUUGCAUUUUUCUUAGUAUGUGUCACAGCAGUUAUACUGGUGUGCAUGAAAAUAGCAAAGAAAGUAAGACAAAACAGGAGGAGUAAACGAAGAAUGCUCCUCCCGUUAUCUAUGUAAAUUUUGUAGGGAUCAGCCCUACAGGAAGGGGCAUGAUUUUUUUCUCUUUUCUCCCACUUUUUUUUAAAAACUUUUGUGUAUUUUAGAUUCAAAAAGUUGAUUGAAAUUUAUCAAUGCAUGUUUUUCUUCAAGGAUGGAUAGCAUGUUAGACAACUGCAAUGAGAAAGCUAUUACCUUGCCACUCUUGAGUAACAUUUGGUAUGGCAAACUUUGUGCAAAAUUAGUUUGUAUAAGAGAUUGCUCAAUCCGAAGUUGUCAACUUUACUUUCU